CUCUCUCUCUCUCUCUCUCAUCUCACAAGCUUCCAAAGAAAGAGAAUUAAUGGAAAAGGAGACCCAAAGCCUCCUUCCAUCUUGUCUUCCUACGCUUUCCCAAUGAAAAUUCAUCUAUCUUACAAGCCUCCCUUCUCUCACCUUUCAGAACUCACCCAUGCCAAAGCCCCACCUCUAUGAGCCGCCCGUUUCAAAACGUUUCUGAUGGCCCACCUCAAACCCAGCUCUAGAGGGAGGGGUCGUUUCGGUUCUUCUCCGAUAUGACCAUGGUACCAGCUCGGAACCUCCUACAACAACAAUACUACACCAGCUAUGGAGCCUGUAUGGCAGGCCGGGCCCACGAUGCCGGUGCAACCAGCUCCACUGGUAAGUUUAUGCUGAGAUCUGAUCCGUUCAUCAUCGUUGAUCUCAUGGCCGAAGACGAGUCCAGAACUAGCAGCUUCAACGACGCCGCUGGAUCUUCUAGGCAAGUUCAAGAAGAGAAAGAAGGCGACGAAGAUGAGGAAGAUAACAACCAUAACGAUGAAGAGAGAGAUAUGGGGUGGCUGCAAUUGGGACUUGGUAGUCAUGUGACUAGUGGGCAUAGACUCAAUCAUCCUGUUGGGAUACCAGAUCAACGGCCCGGAUUGAUAGAGCUCGAAUUAUUUUCUGAUAGACACCGAUCUACUACCUCGAUGGCGCCUGCAUUCCAUGUGCCCGAUUAUCAUCGGACAGUGAGGCCUUCGACACAUGGUGCUAGCACUUCCAUGGUUCCUGCUUUGCCAUUGUAUCUGCCUCAAACUAGAACAAGCUUGAGCAUUGGACAUCAACCAGAGAUCACGUGGGGGUAUCGACAUGGCCCGUGGGAUCCGACGGCUUCUUCUUCGUCGUCGAUGCCUUUCUAUUCAUCUCGGCCAUUUCAGCACCCUUACAUGUCGAUGGCAUUCCCGGCCACUGUCACUGAUGUGGGUCCCAGCUCCAAUAUCAGGAUUAUUGAUCCUCCACCGAGGCAGAGGUCUGGUCUAUGGUUUGUGCUACAGGCAUCACAAAACCAAGGGAAAGAACCCUUUUUGCCUCAGAUACCCAAGAGUUACUUGAGAAUCAAAGAUGGAAGGAUGACUGUUGGGUUGUUGAUGAAGUACCUGUCUAACAAACUGGGACUGAAUAACGAAUCAGAGGUAGAGAUCACAUGUAAAGGGCAACAGCUUCCGCCGUUCUUGACAUUGCAACAUGUAAGAGAUAACGUAUGGUGUACAAGGGACGCCUUCACAUUACUUCCAGACUCCCCAACCGUCGAUCACGUGAUGAUUCUACACUAUGGUAGAAGCACUUAGAAUCAGGGUAACAAAUGGUCCGGGCCCAGGCCCACGCUCGAUCAAUUUGAAAUCUGCGUCCCAACUGACCCGGACCCGGCCCGUUUGCAACCCUACUACGUAGGUGAGUCGCCGUUCAGUGGUCCGCGAGAACUAUAGUCCUCGCAUUACCCCGUGUCCCCCAUUGGUUGCCGAUAUAGGGGCUACACAUAAAACAUGGGCCCAUUGAUAUUUUAGAUAUGGGCCCAUCCAUCUUCCGACGGGCCCGAGGACUAUGGUUCGCACCGACUACCUUAUCUGGUUCAAUUAGAAAAUGCCAUGUUGUAUAAUUACAUUACUACCACUCUCUCUUCUUUCUUUUCUUUUCUUUUUUUUUUUUCCCUUUUUCUUUUUUGGGUUUUCUUUUCGUUUGUUUCUCUAAUUCAUUUGAGGAAACAGCUUGGAAAUACCACAAAAAAAAUAUAGCCAGUUCAUUAGGGGUUUAAUAACAUCUACAAGGAAUGUAUUUCCAAGCCAUUUUGGCUUGAUAUUCUUUUUCUCUUUUCCUUUUAAUUACUAAUUCCAAUUUCUGUUUUCA